GGCCGGGACCGCCCCGCCAGAGACCCACCGUUCCCCGCGCCGCUUCCCCCCGCCGGCCCCUCUUUUGUCUCCUACCCGCGGGUUGCAGGCCGAGUUUGGGGAGGCAGAGGGGGAAAGGCGCUCCGGGGACGCUUAUGGAAUCCUUAAAUGGGAAAGGCGCUCACCUCCCCGCCCCGGAGCGGCGAGGCUGAUAUUCGUGAUUUGGCUGCAGACGCUGUGGCGAGGAACGGGGUAGAACAAAACUUAUGGAAAUAUGCAUCAGCUUAAUACUGUCUUGGAAUUCAUGAGAUGGAAGCAUAGGUCAAAGCUGUUCGGAGAAAAUUGGAAGUAAAGUUUUAACUAGCCACAUCUUGGAGGAGUCGGGAGAAAGCAGUGGGAGUUGAAGUCAUUGUCAAGUGCUUGCGAUCUUUUACAAGAAAAUCUCACUGAAUGAUAGUCAUUUAAAUUAGUGAAGUAGCAAGACCAGUUAUUAAAGGUGACAGUAUACAGGAAACACUGCAAUUGAACAAUGACUCAGCUAUAUAUUUACAUCAGUUUAUUGGGAGCCUAUCUGUUCAUCAUUUCUCGUGUUCAAGGACAGAAUCUAGACAGUAUGCUCCAUGGCACUGGGAUGAAAUCAGACUCCGACCAGAAGAAGUCAGAAAAUGGAGUAACCUUGGCACCGGAGGAUACCUUGCCUUUUUUAAAGUGCUAUUGCUCAGGGCACUGCCCGGAUGAUGCUAUUAAUAACACCUGCAUAACUAAUGGACAUUGCUUUGCCAUCAUAGAAGAAGAUGACCAGGGAGAAACCACAUUAGCUUCAGGGUGUAUGAAAUAUGAAGGAUCUGAUUUUCAGUGCAAAGAUUCUCCGAAAGCCCAGCUACGCCGGACAAUAGAGUGUUGUCGGACCAAUUUGUGUAACCAGUAUUUGCAACCCACACUGCCCCCUGUUGUCAUAGGUCCAUUUUUUGAUGGCAGCAUUCGGUGGCUGGUUUUGCUCAUUUCUAUGGCUGUCUGCAUAAUUGCUAUGAUCAUCUUCUCCAGCUGCUUUUGUUACAAACAUUAUUGCAAGAGCAUCUCAAGCAGACGUCGUUACAAUCGUGAUUUGGAACAGGAUGAAGCAUUUAUUCCAGUUGGAGAAUCACUAAAAGACCUUAUUGAUCAGUCACAAAGUUCUGGUAGUGGGUCUGGACUACCUUUAUUGGUUCAGCGAACUAUUGCCAAACAGAUUCAGAUGGUCCGGCAAGUUGGUAAAGGCCGAUAUGGAGAGGUAUGGAUGGGUAAAUGGCGUGGCGAAAAAGUGGCUGUCAAAGUAUUUUUUACCACUGAAGAAGCCAGCUGGUUUCGAGAAACAGAAAUCUACCAAACUGUGCUAAUGCGCCAUGAAAACAUACUUGGUUUCAUAGCAGCAGACAUUAAAGGUACAGGUUCCUGGACUCAGCUCUAUUUGAUUACUGAUUACCAUGAAAAUGGGUCUCUCUAUGACUUCCUGAAAUGUGCUACACUGGACACCAGAGCCCUGCUCAAAUUGGCUUAUUCAGCUGCUUGUGGUCUGUGCCACCUGCACACAGAAAUUUAUGGUACCCAAGGAAAGCCUGCAAUUGCUCAUCGAGACCUGAAGAGCAAAAACAUCCUCAUCAAGAAAAAUGGGAGUUGCUGUAUUGCUGACCUGGGCCUUGCUGUUAAAUUCAACAGUGACACAAAUGAAGUUGAUGUGCCUUUGAAUACCAGGGUGGGCACCAAACGCUACAUGGCUCCAGAAGUACUGGAUGAAAGCCUGAACAAAAACCACUUCCAGCCCUACAUCAUGGCUGACAUCUACAGCUUUGGCCUGAUCAUUUGGGAGAUGGCUCGUCGUUGUAUCACAGGAGGGAUCGUGGAAGAGUACCAAUUGCCAUAUUACAACAUGGUACCGAGUGAUCCGUCAUAUGAAGAUAUGCGUGAGGUUGUGUGUGUCAAACGUUUGCGGCCAAUUGUGUCUAAUCGGUGGAACAGUGAUGAAUGUCUACGCGCAGUUUUGAAGCUAAUGUCAGAGUGCUGGGCCCACAAUCCAGCCUCCAGACUCACAGCAUUGAGAAUCAAGAAGACACUUGCCAAGAUGGUUGAAUCCCAAGAUGUAAAAAUCUGAUGGUUAAACCACCGGAGGAGAAACUCUAGACUGCAAGAAAUGUUUUUACCCAUAGAAUGGAUGGAAUUAGAGUGAAAUAAGGAUGUUAACUUGGUUCUCUGACUCUUCACUAUGUGUUCACAGGCUGCUAAUAUUAAACCUUUCAGUACUCUUCUUAGAAUACAAGCUGGGAACUUCUAAAUACUUCAUUCUUUAUAUAUGGACAGCUUUUAAAUGUGGUUUUUGAUGCCUUUUUAAAAAUGGGUUUUUAUGAACUGCAUCAAGACUUCAAUCCUGAUUAAUGUCUCCAGUCAAUCUCUGGGUACUGAAUUGCCUGUUCAUAAAACAGUGCUUUCUGUGAAAGCCUUAAGAAGAUAAAUGAGCGCAGCAAAGAUGGAGAAACAGACUUUGCCUUCUACCUGAGAUAUUCAGCACGUUUGUAUUCUACCUUUGUAAAACAGCCUAUAGAUGAUGAUGUGUUUGGGAUACUGCUCAGUUUAUGAUAGUUUGUCCUGCCUUCCUUAAUGAUGUGUGUGUGUGCAUGCACAUGCACGACAGGAUUCCUCUGCUGCCAUCUGAAUUAGUAGAAAAUAAUUUAUAUGCAUGCACAGGAAGAUAUUGGUGGCCGGUGGUUUUGUGCUUUAAAAAUUGCAAUAUCUGACCAAGAUUCGCCAAUCUCAUACAAGCCAUUUACCUUAAAGUGAUAGCUUCCCCACUAGCUUUAUUUUUUAACGUGAAAGGAUACAAAGGCCAAAAGACGUUUAAAGCAUCUAUAAAUCUGGACUGUUUUCCUUAUACCACCAUUUUUUUUGGUAGUUAUUGUUUUUGUCAUGGAAAGCAUCCUCUCCAAAGUUGGAAUUUCCAAUGCCAUGAACCAUGCUUACAAAGAAAGCACUUCUUACUGAAGUGAAUUCCUGCAUUUGAUAGCAAUGUAAGUGCCUAUAACCAUGCUCUGUAUUCUUUAUUCUCAGUAACUUUUAAAAGGGAAGUUAUUUAUAUUUUGUAUAUAAUGUGCUUUAUUUGCAAAUCACCCACUCCUUUAUAACCAUACUUUAUAUAUGUACAUACAUUCAUACUGUAGAAGCCAGCUCAUGUGUACCUCACAUCCCAUCCUUAAGGGAAGGAAUGUUAUAAAGUAGAACUAAAUAUGAAUUUUGAGAAUUAAUGCAUUCAAAGUAAUAUAUCAUCAAAUCCAGGACUUUGUUAACUUCAGGCAAAAACUUCAUUAGGGUAAUAUCAUCUCAGUUUUUCUAAAUGAAAGGAUUCUCUAAUUAGAAAUUCAUAUGUCAGAGCUGUUAUAAAUUUAUCAACUGUUAAAUAUGUCUUGAGAUUUUUUGUUUUUUGAUUUCUGUUUCCUAACUUGUGAAGACAAUGAAAAAUCAGGCAGAAAUAUUUAGUAUCUAGUCAGUAUCUGUAGUUACACUGUAUAACUGUUCUUCAAUAAAAUGGUACAUAUUUUA